AUGAAUUUCAAGCAGGCAUUGUUAGGGCUGAGGUUUCUUUUUCUAAUAAGGACACUAGCUGAAAAGGAAAUUCAUCCAAGCUGCAUAGUAGAUGGACACUUUGACCUGACAGCUGUAAUUAGGAAGGGAGAUGUGGAUAUAGGGGGAAUCUUUUCUGCAAAUUAUGUGGAAUCUCACCCAGAUUUAUCAUUUCAAAGUGACCCAGAAAAACUACAAUGUUCAGGGUUUAGUGUGGCAGACUUCCAGGCUGUUCAAACUAUGAUUUUCACCAUUGAAGUAAUAAAUGAAAGUGAUACAUUGCUACCCAACUUGACUUUGGGCUACAGAAUAUAUGAUACAUGUUAUACCCACUUCCAGGCAACACGGUCUGCUUUGUUAUUGACCUCUGGUGUUGGGAACCAGAACAUAACCUGUGAAAAGUUUCCAUUAGUACCGGUGAUAGUUGGAGGCUGCUGGUCUACCCAGUCCAUAGCUGUGACAAGAGUGGCAAGGCUAUUUAGCAUUCCAGUGAUCAGUUACUUUUCUACAUGUGCUUGUUUGAGCAAUAAACACGAAUAUCCAACUUUUCUUCGCACCGUACCCAGUGACUUAUUCCAGUCCCGAGCCCUGGCACAACUGGUACAACAUUUCAAAUGGACAUGGAUAGGUCUUAUCGUGGAAGAUAAUGACUACGGAAAAAAUGCUGGAAACAUAUUUAAAGAUGAAGCCACACAACUAGGUUUCUGUGUAGCAUUUUAUGAAAUUAUUUCAGCCGUUGCUACUCCCAGGAAGAUCUCACAGAGUGUAAGAAAAAUCCUCCUACAUAAAGUGAAUGUUGUGCUUAUAAUUGCCUCUGAACUUAUUGUAGGAAUCAUUUUCCAGGAAGUUGUUUAUCAGAACAUAUCUGGAAUUCAGUGGAUUGCGAGUGAGGCCUGGUCCACCUCAAAAUAUGUAUAUAAUCACCAAUUGUUUACUAAUUUUGGAGGGACAAUAGGAUUUGCCAUAGACAGAGGAGACAUUACUGGACUGAAACAUUUUCUUGUCAAUACACAUUUAUCUCAGCAGAACAGCAACCCACUUAUUUCAAAUCUAUGGGAAUAUACCUUUAACUGUUCGAUUAAUAAUUCUGUUCAUACAGGUAAAGUACCAUGUACUGGAUUAGAGAAUUUAAAUGCCUCUGGUUCCCUCUAUCUAGAUGUGAGCAACCUACGUACCUCAUAUAAUGUGUACAAAGCCGUUUAUGCAGUUGGUCAUGGUUUGCACAGUAUGAUAGAGGUAAAUGGAUUCAAAGAUUUCCUUAAUAACCAAAGCACCACUUUGAAACCUUGGAAGCUUUUACGUUAUUUGAAACGUGUGAAGUUUACUACGGACUCUGGUGAUGAAGUAAGUUUUGACCAGAAUGGAGAUCCCUACCCAUCCUAUGAUCUGGUGAACUGGCAAAAGAAAGAAAAUGGAUCAUUUUUCUAUGCUAAUGUGGGAGAAUUCAGUGGUAAUAAAGACUUAAAAGUGAAUGAACAUGCUAUAAUAUGGCAGGGAGAUCAAAAAGAGAUACCAGUGUCUUUGUGCAGUAUAAGCUGCCCUCCUGGAAGCAGAAAAGCUGGACAGGGGAAAUAUUCAUGUUGUUUCGACUGUGUCAUGUGUGAAGAAGGCAAGAUAAGUAAUCAAACAGAUUCACUGGAAUGUCUGCAAUGUCCUCUAGAGUACUGGCCUAAUACACAGAAAGAUUCUUGUGUCCCAAAAGAGCUGGAGUAUAUUUCCUUCAAGGAAACAUUGGGAUCAGUGCUGUUUGGAGGGGCGUUGCUUGGUAUCUUUCUUGCAACAAGCAUCAUUGUCAUCUUCAUAUACCACCGAUAUAAUCCAGUUGUGCGUGCCAACAAUUCCCACCUCAGUUUUUGCGCUCUAUUCUCUAUUGUCCUGUGCUUACUGUCUUCCAUCACUUAUCUGGGACAACCAUCGACUAUGACUUGUCUGAUGAGAAAUACUGGAUUUGGCAUUACAUUUACCUUCUGCAUCUCCUGUAUUUUGGGUAAAACCAUUGUUGUAAUUGUGGCAUUUAAUGUGCAGCAUCCUGACAGGAAAGCAGCUUUGCUAUUUAGUCCUAUAAAACAAAAAGUCUUUAUUUCUCUAUGUAAUUUGUUUCAGAUUGUUGUUUGUGCUGUCUGGAAUAUAUUGUCUCCUCCACAGCCCGUGAGGAAAACCACUUUUGACAGUCCUGCGAUUAUUUUACAGUGUGAUGCUGGCUCACUGUUGGCCUUUUCUCUAGUGCUGGGCUAUAUUGGGCUCCUGGUGUGUGUAUGUUUCACUCUGGCUUUUUGUGCCCGGAACUUGCCCUAUCAUUAUAAUGAAGCUAAACUCAUUACCUUCAGCAUGGUGACUGUCUCUGCUGUAUGGAUAACAUUUAUUCCCACCUAUCUGAGUACUUCAGGAAAAUAUCUAGAUGCAGUAGAAAUGUUUGCAAUCCUCUUUUCCUGUUAUGGUCUUCUCAUAUGUAUAUUUAUUCCAAAAUGUUACAUGAUUUUAUUGCAACCGCACAAGAAGAUUCGAAGACUGCAGAGAACAGAGUGA